GUUGGUUUCCCCUACGCUCAAUCAGAUUGCUCCUAUGGUCGUCGCACAGAUACUUUGACGAAUCGAGAUGAUUUCGGGAGAGCUAUAGCAACUCCACAUUUUUCCUUUCUUGGCAGUACGGCAGCGAGGACAGUGGCAAGGACGGACCGGAGGUUUAAAUGUCAGUAUCUCAGUAUCUACGAAUAUUGUUGGAUCCUAGGCCUGGAACACACAUGCUCAAUAUAUGUCAUAAUUUAUAUUGCUUUAUGUCAAAACGAUGGCAAAAGACUUGAAUAUGUGUUAGUGACCUGGCAUAACCGAUACUCUUGAAAAUAUAUGGAUCAUACAACUGAGCACAUGAAUUAGGGAUGGAUAUGACACGUGGGGAGAAACAAGCAGCAAUAACAUGUAAGGAAAGACAGAUGACUUUCAAGGAGAACAAAUGAUAAAACAAGUGAGAUGCCAGCAGUUACUACUGCUCAAAAAGAAAUUAAGGGUAAUGGCCUAGUAAUAACAGCGGGCGAAUUUAAGAAAGAUAGAUCUCACAGCUCAUAUCCUUGAAUAACACACUCCUCUCGACGGCAACCGGGUGGGGGGGGGGGGGGGGGGGAAAAAGAAAAAUGAAAUAAAACAAAGUCUAGAAGGCAAACUUGUUUUAUGCACUGAAAUCUCAGAGAGGAACCUCAUCCAGUUCACCUUCUCCCGCCGCCCCGUUCGUUGCUUUGUCACCCGAAGCCCCGAUUGAGGUAUCCGAUUUUCGUUGCGAUUGAGAGUUUGUUUUAUCUGCUAAUUCCUCAUUUGAGGAACCUGCUGUAUCACUUUCAUAGUCGGCCUCCGUGUCGCCAUGUGCAGGAGGUGGAUAUUUUCCGUCGACAGGCGAUUCCACGUCCUCUUGGCUGGGUUGGGCAUUCUCUUUUCCGUCUUUAGCCGGCGGCGGCGGUGAAGACUGGGUUCCGUAACCAUUUUCAUCCUCAGUCUCCGAUUCUUGUCCCUGAGAUGGUCCAUUCGCUUCACUACUAGGGGGCGGCAUGGGAGGGAGCUCCUUGUCGGCUGGCUGCUGUGGCGAUCGGGAAGUUGAAUUUGUGCGGCCUAAUCGUCCGGAUGAAACGGACCCGGAGGCGUUGUUUAACAUAGCUUGCUGGCGAUGCAGUUGCGCACCCACACCUGGAGCCAUUUGCCUCAACUUUGGAUCUGCGUUCAAGUAGUACCCGCGGACACUAACAAUUGUACCCUCCCGUUCACAUCCUUCUACCCACUCUGGUCGGACGACAGGAAUAUUCAUCUCAACUGCUUUUUCCCAAGCAGCACCACUACCCUCCGUGCAGACAAAAUGCGUAGUAUCUAUCCGCACAGUGUCAAUGAGUUUGGCACCAAUUCGAUCCACAGCCUCUUCGAGCGACGUCCUUAAACUCUGGGGUAGAACGCCCGGUGUAAUAGUUAUUCCUGACAAGUCGGUCAUCUUAUGUGUACGGCAGACUAGUUUCUCUGAGCUAAAAGUGCCGGCGGAAGUACGGAGAACGAGAUGGAAAGUAUACUCUGUGUCAAUUGCAAGGCCGCUGAUUUUGGUGCUAAGCAUCUCUUUUGGCCUUGGAAUUGAACCAGCCUUGGAGUCAUUGCGGUAUAAGGAUAGCGACUUGAGGGACGCGGUGGCUAAAUUUAUUGGAUCCCAUUCUAGGACAAGGGACGUUUGUGUCGCAUUUCUGAGGCGGAGAACCGGUGGAGACGGCGUAUGGAUGCCAUAGGUGUGUAGGAUACGCUUUUGGAGGGAUUGAAAGGCGGAAACACUUGCAGCUUCAGCGGCCUGGUUGCGCGAUACUGUAAUAUCAACGAUGCUGCCUGAUGCUAUAUUUUUCGGUAGAAGGACAGAAGGAAACUCGAUCUAGAGUCAACAAUGAUAAGCAAAGCGUUCAUUGCGCAGUGGCAGGCAGAAAUAAAGAGGCGCACACGACAGCAGCGCCUUGGAGUACUUGCAAAAAAAAGGGCUGGGUUAGAGCUUACGAGUCGGUUGUCUUGGGUCAGGAGGACAGCAACGCCAGCAUCGACCUUCCCAACGGUCAGAGAAACCAGCAUGACGAACGAGUGAAGAUGACAGAAGAAGCGACAAGAGUGUUAUAUGGCGAACAGCAUUCGAAAAUCUGAUUGUCGCAAGAUAUCACAAGCUGAGAUUUCGAGGGCCGGUAAAUUAGUGUUUCAUGAAGCUGUCUAGAUGAAGUCGAUUACGUCAGAAUUUAGUUACAUCUUCCCGGAAAGGACGCGUCUGCCGCUGCUUUAACACCUGGACACAUCAUGCUUAUGGAGGCAAGAAUCGCGCCUCCUUUUGGCCUUUAUCAAUCCUCCAAAGGGCUUCAUCAUCUCCCUACCAGUCAACGAAACAAUACAGAGGUUUGGCAGCCGCUUGGACGUAAGGAAUAUUAAGCUCAGCGGAUGCCUCUCACACCCAUACAUUAUAAUGAUCCAAAACUCUCGUCACGGUAUUCUUAAAUCACGUGGCCACAUGUCUCCUUGAUCUUUGUCGAUUGGGGGUCGCAAGGUGCUUGCAGCAGGCAGAGCCUAUCCUUAUGUCGGGAGAACACGCGAAUUCAGUAGUGAAACUAUCACUACCACUGCAAUAUCAGCAAGACCUGUUCUCGGAACUCAGAGCUGAGGAUGAACUCGUCAUUCUUGCAAGGGGACUUGGCCUGCUGCGUAUCGUGACGAAUUUAUUACAUUCUUACGAUGCAGCCGGCAAUAAUCUAAUUAUAGUGGUGGGCGCUGGUAGUCUAGAAAAUGAAUGGAUUGGAGAAGCUCUCGCCGAACAAUAUGCAGUCAGCAGAACUCCCCUGGCUCGAGGGCUUAAAGUGAUCAAUACUGAUCGAGCUACUGUUCCUUUGAGGCAAAAAAUGUACGCCCAAGGCGGUAUCCUGAGUGUCACCUCUCGGAUAUUGGUUGUCGAUUUAUUGUCCAAGAUACUUGAUCCCGAAACCAUCACGGGCUUAAUUGUUCUCCAUGCUGAAAAGAUCACGGCCACCUCGUUGGAGGCAUUUAUUAUCCGCAUAUAUCGACAAUUCAACAAAGUUGGUUGUUUAAAAGCUUUCUCUGAUUCUCCCGAACCUUUCACAAUUGGAUUCAACCCCUUAGCAAACAUGAUGCGGAAUCUAUUUCUUAGGAAACCGUCUCUCUGGCCGAGAUUCCAGGUUACCGUAGCUGAGUCCUUAGAAGGGCGGAAGAAAGCCGAAGUCAUCGAGCUAGAAAUACCGAUGACAGACAAAAUGAGAGAUAUACAAAACGCAGUCUUAGAAUGUGUCGAAGCCAAUAUUCGGGAACUGAAAAAGUCAAAUUCUGGCCUCGACAUUGAAGACUGGACAGUGGACAGUGCGUUGCAUCAAGACUUUGAUGUGUCUAUCCGGCGACAGCUGGAGCAUAUGUGGCAUCGUGUAAGCUUUCGGACAAAGCAAAUAGCCAACGAUUUAACUGUCCUGAGGUCGAUACUUCAUUCGUUAUUGACGUACGACUCCGUCUCCUUUAUCAAAUACCUUGACACGAUUAUAGCUGCGCACUCGCCACCUCCGGGAUCAACAAGGCAGAAUUACUCCCCUUGGCUAUUUCUUGAUGCAGCGCAUGUCCUAUUUCAAACCGCCAAGUCCAGGGUUUAUCGCGGCAAAUUGGACAAUCGGCAAUUUAUACCUGACACUGCCUCCCUACCAACUGCCUUGGAACCAGUGCUCGAGGAACAGCCGAAAUGGUCAGUCCUCGCGGAUGUUCUAGAUGAAAUUGAGAGGAGUACAUAUCUCAAUCCUGUUCUCCCGGGUGACUCGAAUGGAACCAUUCUAGUCAUGUGUAGUGACAGGAAAACCUGCUGCCAAAUCAGGGAAUAUUUAGAAACAAUGCGCAUCAAAAUCGAACCCUCUAAUGACGAGAUGGAGAGUGAGAGUGAGGCAGAUGACGACAAGCCGUCUGCAGAGUUUAUGCUUCGGAGGAAACUCCGUCACUAUUUAAACUGGAAACGCGCUUCGUCCAGGAUUAACAGCAACCUUUAUCAUACUAAAUCAAAACAGGAACCAGGAACAGCGCCAGGGUACAAUUCCGUGGGUUCAACCACUCAGUAUCAAGGACGAGCACCUCCGAAUAAAAGACGACGAGUUCGUGGAGGCGGUGGCUCAGGUCUGGCACCAGCCAGAGGUGCAAGCAGUAGUGUCCAACUUGAUACGGAAGUGCCAACGCAGGUAUCAACCCUGCUGGAAGAAAUUAAACUUGUUGAGCCGGAAGAAGAAACCAUCCAGGUUGGCAUCGUGGAUGACGAUCUUGAAGAUAUGGAAGACUACUACCAACUCUAUGACAUGAACGAUCUCUUGAUGGUAUACCCUUACGACGGCGAUAUGGAUGACCAUGUUCUUGAAGAAGUCAAACCACGGUACAUAAUCAUGUACGAACCGGACGCAGCCUUCAUUCGCAGAGUAGAAGUCUAUCGAAGCUCUCACACGAACCGGGAAGUCAGGGUUUACUUUCUAUAUUAUGGAGGUUCGGUCGAGGAACAGCGAUAUCUAAGUGCUGUCCGAAAGGAAAAGGACGCGUUCACAAAACUGAUCAAAGAAAAGGGGUCCAUGUCCCUAACAAUAAACCACGACAAAAGCGCCGAAGAUCCCCAAGAGCAAUUUCUUCGAACAGUCAAUACCCGCAUCGCUGGUGGAGGCCGACUGGCCGCAACAGCAGCCCCACCCACCGUCGUAGUGGAUGUGCGUGAAUUUCGCAGCGCGCUCCCAUCCCUCCUCCACGGACGAAGCAUGGUCGUAGUUCCCUGCCAACUAACAGUUGGCGACUACAUCUUGACCCCGGAGAUUUGUGUCGAGCGCAAAUCGAUCCGUGAUUUGCUCAGCUCCCUGAAAAACGGCCGCCUGUACAAUCAGGCCGAGACAAUGCUCCAGCACUACAAAACCCCAGUACUGCUAAUCGAAUUUGACCAGAACAAAUCAUUCACUUUUGACGCAUUCACCUCCGCCACAAGCACGCCAAGCUCAGAAAGCCUAUCCAGCAACCUGAUAAACCCCACAAAUCCAAAGUCCAUCCAGCACCUCCUCACACUACUCACGCUCGCCUUCCCACGGCUGAAAAUCAUCUGGUCCUCCGCCCCGUUUCAAACAGCAGAGAUAUUCGCCGAGCUGAAGAAGAACAAUGCAGAACCAGACCCCAUUCGCGCCGUGCAAAUCGGGCUAGACUUUGAUAUCACGUCCUCUACAGCUGCCGCCGCGGCUGCCACCGCAGCAGGUACGGGUAACAGUAUCAUGUCAGCCGCGGGGAUUGAGCAUCGGGCCUUCAACCAGCUACCGCAGGAUAUGUUACAGGCUGUUCCCGGGGUGACGCCGAAGCUAGCGGAGCGGUUGAUUUUGGAGACGGAGAAUUUACAGCAAAUUGCGAAUAUGGAGAUGGAGGAGUUGGAGCCGCUGGUUGGGAAGGAGGUUGGGAGGCAGGUUUUGCGGUUCUUUCGGAGAAACGUUUUUGAUGAGGAGAGUGCUGAUUAGGUGCGUGGGCGAUUUCUUGCUUUCCCACAUACGACUAGCUAUAAUGCCGAGGUAGAAGUCACUUAGGUUUAGUUAAAGUGCACUACAGAUCGUAUCAUGUCUUCGUUUGGAAUUGUAUAAGGUUGGCGAUGGGCCGCUUCCAAAUAUAGCCCAUAUCAAUACUAUAUCAUGAACCUACGGAUUAGGAAAAAAAUUCAUUUACGCCUUUCUAGCCGACCCUAAAUUUUGUCUUUCAUUACUUCAUUUUUGCUUUCGGUUUAUCUAUGCUUUCAAACUGCCAAAUUGGGAAUGUCGCAAGAGCCACCACAACGGAAAAAAAGUAGGGCAAGAAGUGCAAAAAGCAGAAACGGAAAACAGAAGAAAAACAGAAGCAAAAACGCAAUAACGGAGGCAUGCCAUGCCCAUACUCGCCCUGUCUGGUGUCCCGUCCGAUGAUCGGCUCGAACCUUGCUUUAUAGGUAUAUGGAUUCUUAAGAUAGUCGAUAGCAAUAUCUGACCGGAAAUUCUUCAGCCGAAGAUGCCCGAUUUCUAUCCCUGGAGAUGAGGAGCGCUGGGGGGGCGCUGAAUGUUUGCCUACAACGUAACAGUGGCUAUAGUGCAGCGGGAGUGUUUCCAACAGGAGCUGUCUGCAACGUCAAAGGAUAGAGAACCGUCCACCUUGGGACUGUUGAAGCCAGACACAUGCAUAGAGAGGGAACGCGGCCUCGUCGGAUCAGGGUAGAUUUUUUGGGAGAGAUUAGAUCUCAUCAACAUCGAUGUCCUUGUCGUCUUCGCUGCCAUCACGGUCUUCGUCGAACUCGACGUUGUCGUCAAUAUCCUCAUGGCCAUAGCUGUUGUUACGAUAUUAGCGACAUAUAUAUCAACAUUAAAAACGGCUGAAAGUGGAGGCAAAACGUACGUAUCAGUCUCGUUAAUCUUCGCACUCUCAGGCAACUCGCCGUAGGCUUUUAGACUUCGAGCCUCAUCGGCAUUGUAUUUGAGAAUAACGUCACCCUUCUCGUCUUGGUAAUCUCGUAGAGAUAGCAGAAUGAUGUCUCCUUGGUUAAUCCAGACCUUCUUGCGGAGUUUGCCACGGAUAUGAGCGAGUCGUUUUUCGCCAUCGAAGCAGAGGGCUUCCAGUCGUCCGUUACCCAACAUCUUGACGACCUGAGCAUAUUCUUGUCCUUCCUCUUUGAAGGUCAGUUCUCGCUUCUCGUUGUCAUUCUCGUUCUUUCCACGGCGUCGGUUUUUACCACCCUGUAUACAAAACGGGAUGUUAGCGUCCUAGUUUCAUAGAACCGAACCAGCAAGG